AUAGAGUUCAGUUUACAUGUCAAUAAACUGUCAAGGUAAUUGUAACCUCCAAUCCGUGGCUGUAAUUUCAAAUUGGUAUCUUUACAAAACAAUAAUUUCCUGAAACGUGCUCAUAAUCGAGUCACGAACUAUUUUAAAGUAAUUUAACAACAUGAGCGCCUGUAAUGUGGAAGUAAUAAAACAAGUGGGGAGAUACUACAAUGUAUCUGUGGGAACCGUAUGUUUUAAUACAGAUAAGGUACUUACUACUGUAAUAAAUAAGCAAAGCAUAGAAGGUUUUGCAACAAUUGUUUUGAAGUUAGCAUCUCUUAGUGGGAUUCAGCUGAGCCAGGAGGAGAGGCUGCUUAGUUAUCAGUGGCUGGAACACAUUGCUAUGUAUGCCAAUCAGGCUGCAGCUAACCCUGUGUUUGCACUGGGAUUUUUAAAGGACAUAAAUAAGGCAUUAGAGAAGACUACUUACCUAACUGGACAGAAAUUGAAUGUUACUGAUGUAGCAGCAUAUUAUGUCUUAUACCCAUUGAUAGAGCGGCUGUCAGUGCCAGAACGUGAAUCAUUCAUGCAUGUAUGCAGGUGGAUAAAGCACAUGCAAGCACAACCAAGAAUUUGUACCCAACAGCCACUACCGCUAAACACUCUGAAUCUCACAAUAUUAGCUCCAGCAGUACAUUAAUUACCAAUAAUUUAGCUUUAAUGAGCAUUUCAAUACCAAAACCAUUAACUUUUUAAUUAUUGAACAGUUAUUGCCAACAUAAAAAAUUAAGACUGUAAAAGUAUUAAUAGUUGCGAGACCUUUCAUAAUGAUUGUGUUCAAUAAGUUGGAAAUAUUAAUUAUUUAUAUUGCUAGUUACUGUGUCUUGGAUAGUGUAAGUACAUGGAUUGUGUUUUACUUAUCAAUGAUAAUAUAAUUUUUUUAUUAUAUCACA